AAACAUGGAAGCGAGCGCUAACGGGAGCGCUAACAAGGAGGGCAGCGCUGGCUGGACAGACUGGGACAUCUCGGCUCGGCCCGGACCAGGAGUGGCCACCCUCAACCUGACGGGCGAGGGAGAUCCGCCCUUCCUCACCGACGCCUGGCUAGUCCCUCUCUUCUUCGCCCUGCUCAUGUUGGUGGGACUGGUGGGCAAUUCUCUGGUGGUCUAUGUGGUCAGUACCCGGCGGCAGCUCAGGACCGCCACCAACUGUUACAUCGUGAACCUGGCCACGACAGACAUCAUCUUCCUGGUUUGCUGUGUGCCCUUCACAGCCACACUCUACCCCCUCACCAGCUGGGUCUUUGGAGAUGUCAUGUGCAAACUGGUCAACUACCUACAGCAGGUCACUGUGCAGGCCACAUGUAUAACGCUGAUGGCCAUGAGCAUGGAUCGUUGCUACGCCACCGUCUACCCGCUUCAGUCCUUACGUCACCGCACCCCGAGGCUGGCCAUGGCGGUCAGUGUGGUCAUCUGGAUCAGUUCCUUCCUCCUGUCCGCCCCCAUGGCAAUGUACCACAGGAUAGCGAGGGGCUACUGGUACGGGUUCCAGACCUACUGUGUGGAGGCGUUUCCCACACAGUCCCAGCAGAAAGCUUUCAUCAUCUACAGCUUCCUGGCUGUGUACCUGCUGCCGCUGGUCACCAUCUGUGCGUGCUACACCCUCAUGCUUCACCGCGUCGGCCGACCCGUGGUCCGACCAGCUGACGGCGACUACCAGAAUGUCCACCAUUUGUCCGAGCGGUCAAUUGCCAUGAGAGCCAAGAUCACCAAGAUGGUUGUGGUGGUGGUUGUCUUGUUCACCUUGUGCUGGGGCCCCAUCCAGGUUUUCAUCCUCUUUCAGGUCUUCUACUCCGGCUUCCAAGUCAACUUUGAGACGUACAAGAUCAAGACCUGGGCCAACUGCAUGUCCUACAUCAACUCCUCCAUCAACCCCAUUGUCUACGCCUUCAUGGGCGAGAGUUUCAGGAGAUCCUUCAGAAAAGCUUUUCCCUUCAUGUUCAAGAAACGGGUGCGAGACGGCGCCUUCAGUAACGGCUCCAGAAAUGCACAGGUGAAGUUUGUCACCGAGGAAUCCUAAGCUCUACAAAGGUGACACGAACGCCUUUGUAUCUACUGUCUGGAACCAAAGGUGGAGUCUACAACCAAGUCAGUGACCAUCCCAGAGCCAGCUCUUCAACACGUCUGUCAGAAUAACUGGUGUCAAAGUUAAAACAAGGACAUCACUUACAUCAUUGGCGUACACCACUUACAAAAUGGAACAUACUUGAUUUUUUUCAUAAAUACAUUUCAUAAACUUAGGAUGUCACAAACUAUUUUUAAGUAAUGAAGUCACUAUGAGUUCGAGUUCAAGAGACAUUUAUUAUCACAUGCACCAAUUGGUACUGUGAGAUUUGAAUUACCAUACAUCGAAAUAUUGUAAUUACUGACUUAUCACUGUUACUGUUGUGGUCACUAUUAUAGUCAUGUUGUGGUCCCCAUUAUAGUCAUGUUGCUGUCAAUGUGUAGAACUGUUUACACAAUGGUGUUCGUUGUGAAGCAGUCACUUCAUCAGUCACUAAUGGAUAUCUGUUCAGGUACUUAAGUAAUUCCUGUCUUUAAUAUUAUUUGUUCCAAAUUUGCAAUGCUGCUUCGAGUUCAUAUUAAAAAAUAAGGAAUUGUGUAUCUCCUUGGGAAAAGA